AAGGUACAGCUAGAAGAAAGGCAGCACAAGUCUUACCCUAAACCUUUUUUUUUCAAAGUCUCUGUCUUUCUGUAGAAAUCUGGGGAAAAUGUUUUGAAUCUAAGGAGAAAAAGUAAAAUCGAAGUUGAAGUCUUUUUUUUUUUGAGUUGAGGAAGCGCAAAGUGUGAACAGUGUUGUAAUGGCGGGUUACAGAGCAGAUGAUGAUUAUGAUUACCUUUUCAAGGUGGUUCUGAUCGGUGAUUCCGGUGUUGGGAAGUCCAAUCUGCUUUCUCGAUUCACCAGGAACGAGUUCAGUCUUGAGUCUAAAUCAACGAUCGGGGUUGAGUUCGCGACUCGUAGCUUGAAUGUUAAUGACAAAGUUAUCAAAGCCCAGAUUUGGGAUACUGCUGGUCAAGAAAGAUACCGAGCAAUCACUAGUGCAUACUACCGAGGAGCUGUUGGGGCACUUCUUGUCUACGACGUAACCCGACACUCCACAUUUGAAAACGUUGAGAGAUGGCUAAGGGAACUCCGUGACCAUACCGACCCAAACAUAGUCGUGAUGCUAGUAGGAAACAAAUCCGAUCUUCGCCAUCUUGUGGCUGUCCAAACCGAAGAUGCGAAAUCUUUUGCAGAGACUGAAUCACUCUACUUCAUGGAAACCUCAGCUCUUGAAUCUACCAACGUUGAGAACGCGUUUUCCGAAGUACUCACUCAGAUUUACCAUGUGGUGAGCAAGAAAGCAAUGGAGGCUGGUGAAGACUCGGGUAAUGUUCCUUCCAAAGGAGAGAAGAUCGAUGUCGAUGUUUCCGCUGUGAAGAAAACUGGUUGCUGCUCCAACUAAAACACUACAAAGAUUGAAGGAUUUGGUCAUGUAUCCUCAAGCUAAGAUCGUUUUUUCUUUCUUCCUUCCUGUUAACAUUCAAAAUUCUUUUGAAGAUGUUUGCUUUCUUAGGAAACAACAAUCUUAUCUUAUGCUUUUGAUUUUUGCUUGCUUGAAAAAUUGCUUAGCUUUUGGUCUGGUACUAUUGUAUCGGUUAAGGGAUUUUGUAAUUUAACCGGUUCCAAUCUAUGGGUUUAUUCAGCUCUG